CGGCGGCGGCUGGGGCGAGCGGCGGCUGUGGCGGAGACACCAACAAAUGGAACACAAAUUAACUUCAGCCUACACGAGCCUGCUGACCCCUGAAGGAGGGUAGGCAAAAUUGGUAUGUAAAGAUGUGUUCAGAACUAGCUUAAUGGUGAGGAUAAUGAUAGUAGUCGAGCACACUCAGGGAAAGUGGAGAAGCUGUGCUCUGUGCUUUCUAUCUGACCUGUUGGGAGUACUUCUGGGAGCAUGUUUGCUACUUAGCAGGGAACUAAAAUUCAGGCACAAGAGGUUGUAAAUGUAAAGAGUGAAUAUGGGUGAGAAGAAGCCAGAACCUUUGGACUUUGUAAAGGAUUUUCAGGAAUAUCUUACACAGCAAACUCACCAUGUAAAUAUGAUUUCUGGAUCAGUUUGUGGAGACAAGGAAGCAGAGACUCUCCAGGGAGCUGGGACAGAAGGUGAUCAGAAUGGGCUGGAUCAUCCUUCAGUUGAAGUUUCACUGGAUGAAAACUCAGGAAUGUUGGUGGAUGGCUUUGAACGGACGUUUGAUGGAAAGUUAAAGUGUCGAUACUGCAACUACGCCAGCAAAGGCACAGCACGGCUCAUAGAGCACAUCCGAAUCCAUACAGGUGAGAAGCCACACAGAUGCCACUUGUGUCCCUUUGCAUCAGCUUAUGAACGUCACCUGGAAGCUCACAUGCGCUCGCACACGGGUGAGAAACCAUACAAAUGUGAGUUGUGUUCCUUCCGCUGCAGCGACAGGAGCAACUUAUCCCACCACCGCAGGCGCAAACAUAAAAUGGUGCCUAUCAAGGGUACAAGGUCUUCCCUAAGCAGCAAGAAGAUGUGGGGGGUUUUGCAGAAGAAAACCAGCAAUUUGGGUUACAGCAGAAGAGCAUUAAUUAAUUUGAGUCCACCUUCCAUGGUGGUGCAGAAACCAGACUACCUUAAUGAUUUCACUCACGAAAUCCCAAAUAUCCAGACUGAAGCGUACGAGAGCAUGUCAAAACCAACCCAGAGCAGUGGGUUGCCAAGAGACCCGCAGGACCUUAUGGUAGAUAAUCCUUUAAACCAGCUCUCUACUUUAGCAGGACAGUUAUCCAGCUUGCCACCCGAAAACCAAAACCCAGGCUCUCCUGACGACGUCUCCUGUCAAGAUGAGAAGCCUUUCAUGAUACAGCAGCCUGCUGCACCAGCAGUAGUUUCGGCUGUGUCGGCAAGUAUUCCUCAAAGCUCAUCUCCAACCAGCCCAGAUCCUCGGCCUACACACAAUCAAAGGAACUACAGCCCCGUGGCAGGUCCCAGCAGUGAUCGCAGCGCCCACACCAGUACUCCCAGCAUCAGUAAUAGUCAACCAAGCACUCCAGCACCAACCCUUCCCGUUCAGGACCCUCAGCUCCUGCAUCACUGCCAACACUGUGACAUGUACUUUGCGGACAAUAUCCUUUAUACGAUUCACAUGGGAUGUCAUGGAUUUGAAAAUCCUUUCCAGUGCAACAUAUGUGGGUGUAAGUGUAAAAAUAAGUAUGACUUUGCUUGCCAUUUUGCAAGAGGCCAACAUAAUCAGCAUUGACUGAGAACGUGCUUUCAUUUAGUUUUUUAACAUAUUACAGUCUAUUUUUCAUACUUGCUGAAGGAAAAGCUUGCACAUUGCCAUAAGGAAUCUUCACAGGAAGCAAUUUGACAAAGGAGGCAAAUUUCUUUUCUAUGUUGUCGUAAAACUUGCCAGGGAAAUUUUGUAUAGGAUGGGGUGGCUGUUUUAUAUUCAGCUGGAAUAGGAACUGGAAUGUGUUUCCAUGCUUUGGCUGCUAAGUUUAAGUUGCUUGUACUUCAUCCCAAUAAACACUGUACAGAUGUUGAAGCAGAGCUUGUAUUCUGAAACAUCAGGCUAUUUACUGGGCAAGACAAAUUGUAUUGACUAUAAAAGACAAAAGGUUAUUGCAAUGACACAUCUGGUAACUUUGGAGACGUAUUUAUCCUUAAAAACUUAGCUAUUCCAAACUGGAAAAUCAAACAGAAGCAACUUUCACAUACAAAUUCAAUUUGAUGUCAAACUUGCUUUUGUCUAGUGGAGGUUAAUAGUUUUUCCUUAGUGUGGUCUAAACUCUUCAUUUCUAGAGCUCAAACACUAAUGUAACUAUUAGUUUUAAAACUCAUCCCAAAAGUAGAAGGUACCAGGUUAUUGGGAAUGAAGUUCUGAUAGGAAAAAAAGAGUUAAAAGCUUGUCAUUUACUAGUUAUACUAAAGAAAAAUGAAAUGAGAGACCUUAUUUAUGCUACACUUAGCAAAAUUUUACGUGUGGUUCCUUUGAAAAGGAGGUUGUUUUUUCCACAGUCAUAUUAAAGAGCUUGUAGAUCUAAUAUAUAUUCAGAGAGUUUUUUUUAACUGCCUUAAACUUAAUUUGUACAGAUAUUUAAGAUUUGCACAGUUAAACUUCUGUCUGGCUGAUGGAAGUUCUAACAGAAACAAACAAGAGGUUUACAAAUGGGGAAGAAAAUCAUGUGUUCAGUGUUAUCUCGGGCCAAGCUACGACUGGUAGGUUUGAAAGCUGUGUAAUGUAGUUCAUUGCAAACUUCAGCUCGCUUGGAAGUUGGUUUGUCUUAUCCCUUCCCCUCAAUUUGUUGUCCUUUCUGCGUAAUAGGAAUAAGGAGAAGGGUUUCUGAGCUGUUCCUGUAGUAGGGCAGAGGAAUACAACAUCCUACGGCUGAAGCCAUUGGGAUCAAUAAUUGUAGGUGGCAAAUGGUGACUGAAGGUGGAUGUCAAGUCCAUGGCACAUGUUUAUUUUGUUGGGGUUUUUAUACUGCACAUCUUGCUUUAGAAGCACCCAGGCCAAUGAACAGGCACUUUAAUGUAAACCUACAUAGAACAUCCCAGCAAAAUUAAUAAAAGCUCUUAGUGUGCCUUCUAAAACCUAAAUUUGGCUAAAAUAUUAGAACACCAGACCUAACUGUGGAAGGCCAUUACAAUUAGUAAUUUAUAGAGGUCAGUUUCCUUGCUUUUGGAUGCAAACUGCUUUUCCUAAGCUCUAAAACUCCAAGGAAACUUCCAAAAUGGUGGUGCUCUGAGGAGCACCUUCCAGUAUUGAAUAGUGCUGAUGUCAACAGCCAAGUUGUCCUUGGUUUGCAGCUCCAGCCCUUCUCCCCCCUGGUAUGAGUAGGGAGAUCAACUCUGCUGUGCAUAAAUAUUUGGGAUUCCAUCCUUCCAUUCUGUUUAAGUUAUUCCUGAUCCACUGGGACUGAUGGUGGCAGUGUAAACAUGGUAGAGUCUUCUUUUUGUGUCGGCUAAUGAUUUGGUGAUUUUGGAAAACCAGCUUCUGAAUAGGGAUGCCCCUGAGCGGAAUUGCAGGUAGGAGAACUGUAACAGAGGCAGCUGGUAGCAGGAGGAGCCUGGGAUGAUCUUACUGAAAGGGGCCCUUGUUCAGGAGGGGAUCCUCUGAUGGGAUGUGUGUUCUUAAUAAUAGAACUCAAUAUGGGGGAAAAAUCUAACUCCAAACCUUGCUAAUUGUUGUUCAGAAGGAUUUUAGUACCACGGGCUUAAUACCAUUGUUUCUGCUUCCAAGCACCUAAGGAAAGAACAUUAGCUUUGAAUCACAGAAUCAACCAGGUUGGAAAAGACCUUUUAAGAUUGAAUCCAGCCAUUCCCCAGCACUGCCAAGGCCACCACUAACCCAUGGCACUGAGGGCCUCGUCUAUACGGUGUGCGAACACUUGCAGGGACAGUGACUCCAGCACUGCCCUGGGCAGCCUGUUCCAAUGCCUGAGCACCCUCUGGGGAAGGAAUUGUUCCUCAUCUCCAUCUAAACCUCCCCUGGGGCAGCUUGAGGCCGUUUCCUCUUGUCCCAUCCCUUGUUCCUCAGGAGCAGAGACCAGCCCCCUCCUGGCUCCAUCCUCCUGUCAGACAGUUGUAGAGAGUAAUAAGGUCCCCCCUGAGCCUUCUCUUCUCCAGACUAAACCCCCCCAGGUCCCUCAGCCAUUCCUCAUCACACUUGUGCUCCAGGCCCUGCACCAGCUCCGGUGCCCUUCUCUGGCCCCGCUCCAGCACCUCAAUGUCUCUCUUGUAGUGAGGGGCCCAGAACUGAACACAGGAUUUGAGGGAGCUUGAACAUCUCUGAACUGUUGAACAGUGAUGAAGUAUUUUUAACUUCUUUCCUUCCAUGAGCUCCUGUUUGCAGGGGGGACCUCAGGCAGGGGCAGGUUUUGGUGUCCAUCCCUUUAUUCUACAACCAUAUCCAUGUGGUGUUGACCCUGCUGUGGCCUUCACAGAGGGAGGGCCACCCUCUGCAUGUGGGCUUUUCGUUUCUCAACCUCCUGCUGCCUGUUCAGUUGUGCCAAACAAGGCCCUGACUGCAUCUGCUGCCUUCUGCCCACCGAGUAGCUUUGGAAGGUGUAUUGUGUCACAUUAUUUUCUCAUCAUUUUGUACAUACUAUUUCCUUUAAAGACCAGAACUAGUACUGGAAAAAUGUUUUAGGCUAUGAUCCCAGCAAUUGCUGUGCACAAGCAGGCCUUACAGGGGGGCAGUGAGGGAUACUGGUCAGGAAUUGUGGGAUCAGGUUCAUGGUUGAGGGACUUUUCAUACUAAGUUCUCCACUGCACUAAACUCGUUUUGUUUUAAACCCCCAAAUCCUAAGGUGGCGAUUGGCAUUUUAACUUGUAUUAACAGGGAAGUUUGGGAAUGAGCUGAAAUUUUUCCACAGCUUGACUCUGGUAAGUCCCGUAGCUGCAAAACAUUAACCUGGGGGGAGGUGUUUGUAUUUAUUGUGAUAGAUCAUUUUAUAGAUUUGUUGACCUUUUUAACAUGCACUAUUCAGCAUAGUCCUAAUGCAGACUUAGUGAGACCCAAUAUUCCAAUGAACACCCAAAUGUUAGGCUGAAGCAUCUCAGUAGAUUAUCUGGGUUAAUAUUAAACCAACUGUGACGCUGCUAGUAGGGAAAGGAGUUGUUUUUCCACAGGUACCUGUUCAGUGGAAGAGGAUUUGGACAUAAAAUGUUGAUUGGCAUUUUAACAUAAAACUCAGGGCUGGAGGACACCUUCCAAUGGUGUUUCCCAGCCAAAUGACGUGUUGCUAUUUGGUUUAGUCCAGAAUGUUUGGGGGGGAACGUUGCUUUUUGUUUCUUUCUGACGAAGGGAAUGUAAUGUAGAAGUCUUCACUGGCAAGUUUUCUAUUCAUUUUAAGCUUCUUUGAAACUCUACAGCAAAUGGAUGUUGUUCUGCAGGACAUCUCUCCUCUGCUUUUUCAUCAAGCAAUCUUUGAUGAAGCCUUUUUCAUCAAGCAAUCUUUGUGUAUGUGCUUCUGAGUCCCAGCUCUGUUCAUAAUCUGUACUUCAGUGUAAAGAGCAUAUUUUGUAUUGCAAAAAUGGAACCUGUUAGGACUGUAAAAUCAAUUUUCUCGUGUAGUGAAUGUUUUCAGAGGAGAAGGUUAAUUCUGAAAUAACUCGACUUUAUCUGGUGUAGUUCAUGUUGUGAAGCUUUGCUUUUCUAAGAUAUGAAUAAAAUAACACUUUCUAAUUAA